AUGAACCAUUCUUUCCAGGACAGUGGCUCUGAUGGCAUUCUUGAAGAGAGAAAACUUUACGUUGUGAAUUCCUUAAACGACUUGCACAAACUCACCCUCAGUCCUGGUGGAUCACAGCAGCUCUUCUCUCUAGAGGAGAAAAUCCCUGUUAGAAGAAGCUCAGGACACAGAAGAUCUGGCCUGCUUCUUGUGGGGCUGAUCCUUGUGUUGAUUGUCAGCCUGGCACUGGUCUCCUUUGUGAUCAGUCUCAUAGUUCAAACUGGAAACCAGAUGGAUGAUGUAUCAAGAAGACUCACAGCUGAGAAAAAGGACAUAGAUGACCUUAAGCAACUCAACAGCCUAAUCAUAAAGUUACUCAACCAAUUGGACUCUGAACAGAACUAA